ACUUAAUGUAAACACUAAACAAAUGAAGGACUGACAAAGUCUUUACCUUUGGCUUUGGGUCAAGUUGUGUUCUUUGAAUAGAAAAUUCACCAAUUUUGGUCAACACACAAAGGAGAUGAUAAUUUUCUAGUCUCCGUUUCAGAUCUGCUGCCCUUCCCGACAUCCGCGGAAUUUCUUCACAAAAAAAAUCGUUGUCUGGAAUUCCCUUUCCGAACCGGUUCCUCCGUCUGAAUCCUCGGCGAAGAGAAAUGACUCUUCCGGCGGUAGAAAAUGACGGUGGCUCUGUUUUUCCGGCGGUCUCUAUCGGAAACAAGCGGAAUAAGUAUCAGAGAAUGGACUCCGACGCAGAGGGAACUCGUGAGGAUAAUCAUCGCAGCAGAUCCAGAAAAUACGUUAUGGCCUGCGCCUUCUUUGCGUCCUUGAACAACGUUCUUCUCGGAUACGAUGUUGGUGUAAUGAGCGGUGCGGUGUUGUUCAUACAGCAGGAUCUCAACAUAACCGAAGUGCAGACGGAAGUCCUCAUCGGCAGCCUCAGCAUCAUCUCUCUCUUCGGCAGCUUAGCCGGCGGCAGAACCUCUGACUCCAUCGGCAGGAAAUGGACCAUGGCCUUGGCUGCUCUUGUCUUCCAGACCGGCGCUGCCGUCAUGGCGGUUGCUCCUUCCUUCGAGGUUCUCAUGAUCGGAAGAACUUUUGCUGGGAUUGGUAUCGGACUCGGCGUCAUGAUUGCUCCUGUCUACAUCGCGGAGAUAUCUCCCACGGUGGCUAGAGGCUUCCUUACUUCGUUCCCUGAGAUCUUUAUCAACUUAGGGAUCUUGCUCGGCUAUGUCUCCAACUACGCCUUCUCGGGGCUCUCCGUGCAUAUCAGCUGGAGGAUCAUGCUUGCUGUUGGUAUCCUUCCUUCGGUCUUUAUAGGAUUUGCGCUUUGCGUGAUCCCUGAAUCGCCUAGGUGGCUGGUGCUGAAGGGUCAAGUGGACAGAGCACGAGAGGUGCUCAUGAAGACGAACGAGAGAGAUGAUGAAGCUGAAGAGCGGCUUGCUGAGAUACAACUGGCGGCUGCGAAGACAGGAGGCGGAGAGGAGAGACCCGUGUGGCGUGAGCUUCUUAGCCCAUCUCCUGCUGUAAGAAAAAUGCUCAUCGUUGGAUUUGGGAUACAGUGUUUCCAGCAGAUCACAGGUAUCGACGCCACAGUCUACUAUAGCCCAGAGAUUCUGAAAGAGGCAGGGAUACAAGACGAGACCAAGCUGCUCGCUGCAACUGUUGCUGUCGGGAUUACGAAAACGUUGUUCAUACUCAUCGCCACCUUCAUGAUCGAUAGCGUUGGAAGGAAACCGCUGCUUUACGUGAGCACAAUUGGAAUGACUCUGUGUCUCUUUAGUCUAAGCUUCACUCUCACGUUUCUCGGCCAAGGAACGCUUGGCAUAGCCUUGGCGCUUCUUUUUGUUUGCGGGAAUGUUGCUUUCUUCUCUAUUGGGAUGGGCCCUGUCUGCUGGGUCUUGACGUCGGAGAUCUUCCCGUUACGGCUAAGAGCGCAGGCAUCAGCGCUUGGAGCUGUCGGGAACAGGGUCUGCAGCGGUCUGGUGGCCAUGUCUUUCCUUUCGGUGUCACGCGCCAUCACUGUCGGAGGAACGUUCUUUGUAUUCUCCCUUGUGUCUGCGCUCUCGGUUGUCUUUGUGUACAUGCUAGUCCCGGAGACGAGUGGGAAGUCGCUGGAGCAAAUAGAGUUGAUGUUUCAGGGUGGGAUGGAAAUGAAAGGCGCUGAAGUUGAGCUUGGAGAUGCUGAGCGUCUUGUGCGCAAGGAUCAAGAGUUUUGAAUGUUGAGGGCAGAAUUGGACAUGUUAAACCAGAAGAGGCAGAAGAGAAGAGAUACUUUGUUGUGUUCGGUUCAUGUUUUAGAUCCAAUGAAAGUAAGACAGAUUUUGCAAGUGCGUUUGAUGGGUGGUGUAUACAUAUUCCAGGAAGACAAGUGCUCUGUAUUUUUUUCCCUUGUUUCAUGAAGAAACCAUGUAAUACUCAGAGACAAUACAGAAAGUUCGAACCUUUGUUGUCA